GCACGUCGUUUUAGUACGUGGGUAUGAAUUGUAUAAAUAUAGUAGUGGUCUAUUCCAAACGACGGUGACCAUGGAGUCCGUGAACGCGAAACAAAUCGAUCCAUAAUGUCGUGCCUCCCUUAUCGAUUGCGCCCCCGGUGAAAAACAUAUUUCACCUAGUCGCACAACAUUAAACCCCUUCGUGUUGUAAACAUCAGAGUUUCUCCUCCUGUUUUAUAUUUAAAUAAAAUAAAUACUUAAGUGCAGUAAAAAUGGCCACUCUCAGUGAGAAUAUUUUCUUUAAUAGUAAAAUCGGGGCGAAUAGUCGCGGUAAUUAUUUGAUAACUCCGAAAAUUCCAGAGGGUCUGGCUUCUGCUGUAGAAAGUUUAACUCGCGAAGUGAUACGUCAUCAUCCUACUGAUAUUUAUGUGUUUGCUGCCGAGCAUUUUUCAAAUUUACUUCAGCUUCGUGAUAAAAAUUACCCGUCCAAGAUCAAUAGACAUCACUCCCAACCAGUUCUAUACGAUUCGUCUUCAUCAGUUUCUUCAACUAAUGGCCAAGUAACACGUGAAUCUCCAUCUGAUUGGCAGCCGUAUUAUUAUGAUGAUUACCAGUAUCACCAUCAGCAGAAAAUAGCUGAAAAAAUUUAUAAAAAGUCGAAUUAUUAUUCGCAGAAACAUGAUUAUGAUAAAAGUCAUGACUUUCCAAUGGUGAUUAAUCAACAUCAUCAUCAUCACCAUCACCAUCAGCGAAGGAAAGUUUCCCGGGAUAUUAAGACACAAUCACCAAGUGUUAUUAGCAAUGAUGAAAUGCUUGCCAAGGAUAUUAAAACGAAGCUGAAGAAAAAUAGAAUCAGCAGCCGGGAGAGAAGCGAGUCAUCAAAAAGUAACAGAGCAAUAACGACAUCAAUGACAAAUCUGAGUAUGAAUAAAGUCAAAGAUUAUGUAGUUCAUAAAUUUUCCCACUCAUCAAGUCUAGAUGAGACGGCACAGUUACCGUUAAAUUACGUCACUAAAGUCCAGGAUGUUAUCGACGCAACGGAACCGAUUAUAAAUGAAAAAUUCAAAGUACUCAGAGAAAGCAAAUCGUUGUCACGACAGUCGACUCAUAGUCAGACCGUAGAUUUACCUGAUGGUAAUUUUGUUAGUAAUUCAAAUAAAAAUAUACUCGAAGCACGGUUGAAUGAAACGCACAAAAUUCUUAAAGACAUUUCUUCUUGCUUUCCUCCGAGAGCAAAUAAAAGCAGCAAACACCGACCGCAUUCCGCUGAUUUUAUUGCCAACGUGGCACGUCGUCGUCGUAAUUACAAUGACGAGACAACAACUGAUGAACUAGAGGCGAUGCUACACGAGACUCAUAAUCUUCUGGUAGGAAUUUCCACUAACUUGUUGAAAGAAAAUAAUAGUAGAAAAUCGAGAAAUGAUGACGAUGGUAAUUCUGCAUCAGUCUCACAUCUACCGUCAGUGCAAUCAAUUAAUCUAAUUAGUAAUAAUAGUAAUAAUGUAAAAACAAAUGAUAGCAAGAGUGAUUGCGUAAAUUUUGCACUUCCACCAGUUAUAACAAGCAGUAGCAGUAGCUCAUCAAUAUGUAACGCUGAUGAUCAACUUCCUAAGAUUGAAAAAGUUAAACAAGAUUUAACACUUCCUGUUUUAAUACCUACUGUUAUUGAUAAUAGUAAUAGUUAUAAUGUUAUAGAAGAUAAUAUAGAGACGGUAAAUGAUAAUUUGACUAAAGAAGUUCAUGAUAAUGGUGAAGAAGUUCACGAUCCAGUCGAAGAAAGUCAUGAUAUUUCCGAAGAAAUUCAUGAUCCAGUUGAAGAAGUUCAUGAUCCAGUUAAAGAAGUUCAUGAUCUAGUUAAAGAACCUGAAGAUUGUUUUGUUUUAACUGAAGACAAUGAUGAUAUACCUGAAAUUCCAAGUACUGUUACAACUGUCAUUAUUGCUGAUAGAAAUGAAUCUGAAUCUGAUGAUAAAAAACCGCAGGAAGGAAAUGAUCCUCUCUUGGAUUCAUUUGGUGAAGUUGUUGUGGUACAGCAAAUACCGCCAACUAUUUCAGCAGAAGAAAUUCCAGAUCCACAUGAUUUUAUGACGAAGAAUAAAAUAAAAACACUGAGACAAGAUUUGCAGUGCAUUAGUGAAGAAGAUAUCAUCGAAGAGUCACGAAGCAGUCGCACUGAACCUGGUGAUCAGGUAAAUGCUAUAGAGAGUGAUAGAGAUGAAUUAAAAAUUACUGAUUGUCUUAAAGAAGAUGACGUUACUUCAGCUAAAGAGACAAGCGUUGAAACAGACGCAGUGACACCAGUAGUUGGCUCACCGAAGAGUUUAACUGACGAGAAAGGAGAAACUGAACAGAGCAGCGGUGACGUUGGGGAUGUUAAUGAGUCAAUUACUGAUUUAGCUGAGUCUUCGUCAAACGAAGCCAAAGAAACUACGGUUACAGAUAAUUGUACAACCGAACCCUUGGUUUUAAGUUUAUCACUGGACGAACACGUGAGACCGUUCGUCCCGGAACUCAAUCUUGAUUCUCUUCAAGACAUCACUGUGUCUUCUUUUAAGUUGACUCCAACGGAUGAUGAGUCCGAGCAGCCUGACGAUGAUGACAAUGAAAUCUCUAAUACUUUGAUCGAGAGUGGCGACCUAGUGACUACUGGGACUAUUGAAAAUUACAGCGAUAAAAUAGAAGAAAUAGCAGACAAGAGUGAUAAAGAUGACGAGGGAAUUGAAGGAACCGUAUCAGAGUUUGAAAAAAAUUCAGAUAAAUUUGACAAUGAGAAUGCAACUGAGUCUGCUGCUGAUGUUGUUAUUCUUGAUGACAAUUCAACAAUUGAAGAUAAUCAAGAGUCUACAAAUAAAAGUGUUGAUAUGGUUAAAUUUAACCGGGCCCUGAUUGUUAUUCAAACUGCUAUUCGAGGAUUUCUUGCACGUCGUCAUCGUCGUCGUUUACAAAAACUUCACGAAGAUAAUUUAAUAUCUAGUAUAUUGCUAGCUGAUGAUAACACGAUACUGAUGAAGAAGACGUCAGACAACCCUUAGUAAUUGUUGAGAUAGAC